UAUUAUAAUUAGGAUGGGAAGCUGCAAUCUCGCAAUAGUGUUUAUUUAUAGCAGCUAUGAUAAGACGCUUAAAUCGUGUGCGAAAAAUCUUAUCUUCUUUAUGCUUUAUUUUUAGACGCAUUAUUCUAAUAUUACAUUCUUUGUAUUUAUGCUUCGGUCAAUGUCCUUGAAAUAAGGGAACGACCCCUAAGUAUGAUGAGCCCCCGAACCGCGUAUUACGAAUUUAGUGCUAAAGCGGUAUACCUACAAAUUAGCGUAUAAAAGCAAACAACAUUUACAUUAAAAUUCAUUAGUUACGAGAAUAGCAGACAUUAUGGAUGAUUUAUGGAAUGAUGAUCCAAAUAUUAACCUUACUUGGGUCGAUAAUCCCUCCCCGAAGAUAGUCGAGGCACAUACAGGAGCAGAAGAUUUAAUAUCAACAUGGUCCAUGUUUCUCGAUUGCUCAACUUUGCUAGAAGUGGGAAAUUCAUUGAGGAAUAGUUUCGAGCCAGUGGUGCAGAUAUUUUGCCCUCCACUCCGAGAAAGUUGUUUGCAUUUUAAUAUUUCCGAAUGGAGCGAUAUUUCCGCUAUUAAAACCGAGCACAACAUUCGACUCAUGCUUAAAAGUACCGACCAGUUGGAACAUGAAGUGUUCGUAGGGUACGGUAUAAAAAUUACGUUGGCUGACUGUGAAAAUGGUAGUAGGGGUAUAAGAAUAAGUCAAGGAUUCAAUUCCAUAGUGCUAACCGAAGAAGCCGUAAAUCGUUUCCUCUCCGCUGUACAUUUUGUACAUCAAAAAUUGGAUUUUCUAAGCGAUUAUUCGACGUACUGGUACUAUCAGGACUUUGCGGAUGAAGUAGCGGAUGAUCUUUGCAAGGACGGUCUGUUCGAUGAACAAAACAUUUUGUCAAGAGGAAAAUUUUUCUGUCAAAAUCUUAAGUUACUAAAAAAGUUGGUUGCACACUCAUGUUUAAGAGAUUUUUCAUUUUUAGCAGAAAUUGUAAAUAUUCACCCUCAAAGAUUUGUAAAAGAUGUAACCGAGAAAAUGCUGAAGGAGAAACAAUAAAAUAGUUUGGUGAUAAGUUUGUUGUUUAUAUAUACAUAGGGAAAAGAAAAGCACCAUUUUCAAAAUGUAUUAUAUAUUUUCGCAAUAGCUACAUUAAAAUCGCAUAAUUAUGCAAAUUAAAUUUUACGUACUAUAUUAGUAAAUGGCUCGUAUUCAAUUAAAACAUCAUGCAAAAUUAUACAGUAAGCGGAGGUGUCGGCUGCAAAUGCUUCAGAUGUUUCAACUUCCAGUUUCAAGUCGAUAACCACAUUAUGAAUACUUUCAUUGUGACGAGUACAGUUGAUUACGAAUAUUGGUUGUUUCUUAAACUCCUCGUAACUGAGAAGAGAACUACUUUCAGAAUCGUAGUAUUGCGUCCGAAAGUUUAGAUAUUCUUCGUAGGCAUCUAUAUACUUGUUGUCCGCGAAGGAGAGAUUCUGCUGCUCAUACGGGUAUCUUCUGUUGUUGAUGUUCGCUUUUAUAUUUUCGACGCCUAAAUGAUCGAACUGCGAUGCAUUCUCUCCUUUUUGGUUUCGUUUCUUAGUCUGAAAGGCCACCAGAAGCCAUUGAGGUCGUUGAAAACCGGUGCUACUUUUUACCGGCCAUACCAAAGAGCGGGUUGAUGGCAAUGCUGGAUACGCAUAUAAAUCUCUAGCGUGAAAUGCUACUUGGAUCGGAACAUUUUUAUCAAUUCUACUGUAUAUAGACAGCUUCAUGGAAUCGUUAGGAAUUACGUAUGGAACCUUCCAGGUUACUUUACUAAGGCUAAUUUUCACCUCCGCUUCGCUUUUAUAACAGUCUUCAUCGGUUUUUGAGCGAAUUAAUGUUAGUUCUUGUCGUAUGUUGACUAAUGGUUUUUUAUACCCUUCCGCGAAUCCUAGCACAUGUUUUAGCGGUAUAGAUGCACAGAAGGCUGUC